AUGGGGGAAUCGCCUCCGCUAUUUGACAUCUACCCUCCCCUGAUCAACACGGCGUGUCCAUGGGCAACAACUAUUGACGACCUGAGACUCCUCCAUAAGUGCCCGUCAACAGGCGCAGUCACCACUCGAACGUCCCUCAUCAACGGCUUCGAUCAUAACCCAGAAAAGCACCAAUACGCCUUCUUCGACGCAGCCCAGGUUGGGUCAGCUCAGAACGCAAGCAUCAACUCACUCGGUUACAGCCCACUGACGUUGCAAACCUACCUUGGCCUAAUCAAAACCAUCUCGGACGAACAGUCCUCCAGGUCCAGCAAGGGCUUCAUCGUUUCCGUCACGGGGGCACCAGUGGACAUUGCCGCCAGCUACAAACUCAUAGCCUCCGCAGCACGCGACGUUCAGUUCCCCCUCGCCAUGGAGAUCAAUCUCAGUUGCCCCAACAUCCCCGACCUGCCGCCGCCAGCCUACUCCAAGGAAGCACUCACGACCUACCUCAACCACCUCCACCAAGCCAUCGUCGAAACCGCCAACAACGACGACGACAACACCCCACUUAUCCCCACAGCAGGAGGCGCCUGCCCGAUAGCCUUCAUCACCGCAACCAACACCCUCGGCUCCUGCCUCCUCUUCGACCCGUCACCGGCACAAAACCCCAACCCACCAAACCCCCGCAUGCCACCAACCGUGCUCCCCGGCCACGGGAUCGGGGGUAUGGCCGGCGCGCCGCUGCACCCGCUCGCGCUGGGGAACGUGGCCACGCUCCGGCGCAUGCUGGACGAGCGGCCGGACAAGCUGGGCGGCAGCAGGGUGCGGUUGAUAGGGGUGGGCGGGGUGGGCGACGCCGCGGGGUAUGCGAGGAUGAGGGCUGCCGGGGCGGACGUGGUCGGCCUCGCGACGGGGUUGGGUCUGCGGGGGGUGGGGGUGUUUGGGGAGGUGGAGCGGGGGUUGGAGGGGGGGGGGAUGUGGUAG